GUGCUCGCUUGUCGAAAUCAAAGUGAUCAUCACAAAAUCAUGGAAUGUAUUGUUACAGUGAAGGCUAGAGGCAGCCAUAGAUCCCAUAGCUUCAUGUAAACUCCUGCAGAGAUCGAGUGCCCACAGUUCUGUAAAUUUCACCGGUUUACCGACGACCACUGAAUCGCUUCGUGAUGCAUCAUUAGAUGCCUCGUGCAGCCAAAAAAAGGAAUCGAAUUCCAUCCCAACCAAUCCUUUCCCUCCUCGCCUAAACGCUCAAGACUCCAAGCAACCGCAAAAUAACCACCGUUUCCUUCCAACCCCGCGAAUCUUCGACCCCCUUCCCAACCCGACACGCCACACCAUGAGUCCAUGACACCACUCGCCCCUUUCCAGCCUUCCUUCCCCUUCUCGUGGCCUCCGAAUCCCCCAGCUCACGCCUCCGCUGCCAAACCCUAGCCGGCCAUCUCCGCGAGAUGGACGAGGACUGGGAACUCCUGCUCGCGUCCCCCAAGGCGGCGGCGGCCGAACCGUACGCCGGUGGCGGCGGGGAGGACGACGCCGGCGCCAUCAAGCACGACUACUUCGACCUCGGCUCCGACGCCAAGUACCCCAGGAGGGCGUCGCUGUCAAAGGAGGACGAGGAGGAGGGGGAGGCGGAGGGGCUUCUUGCGGGGUCGGACAACGCGAGCUGGGUGGAGCCGGACCCCGACGAUCUUCUCUUUCCCGGCCGUGACCGAGCGGCGCUGUGGUCGGACUCGUCCUCGGACGGGGAGAGGCCGGAGGUCGAGGUGACCGAACCCGUGGAGCGGACCAGGGCGGAGGCCGGGGCGGCGGCGGAAGAGGAGGGGGCCGAAGGCGCGGUGGCGAAGGGAGGAGGACCUGUCCGGUGGUGGAAGUUGUCGCUGGACGCGCUGCGCGUGUGGGCCCUGCGCGCCGCGAGGAGCGCCUGGUCGGUGCCGUUCGCCGUCGCGCUGCUCGGCUUCGCCGUGCUCGGGCGUCGGCUGUACCGGAUGCGCCGCCAGAGCAAGGCCGUCGGGCGCGUCCGCCUCGUCCUCGACGAAAAGAAAGUUUUAUCCUGGACUUGUUCGUCUCUGCAGAAGGCAUCCCAAUUCAGGGGCCAAGCAUCACGUCUGAAUGAACCCACCACUAUGCUGCGGCGAGCUCCAAUCAUAAAGCCUAUGCUUCCAGCAAAUGGAGUUACUCCAUGGCCUGUCCUGGGACACCUGUGAGAUUUGCGACCAGUGACAUAGAGCUAAUAAUACCUUAAUCCCCAGUCAACCAGCGUCACUCGCCUUGCUACUGGCGAGUGGCUAGCAUACUAUGCAAACCCAUAUGUACCGGCAGCUUGUAAUUUGGAAUUGCACAGUUGUGGUUGUGGAAUGUGGAAGACCUUGAAAGUUUCCGUCCAUGCGGAAUGAUAUUUAGGCCUGCUCUAGUUCAUGUUUCUUUUGUAACCUUGUUUACAUUUUUAUUUUCUGUAGCAUUGUAUCACCGAUCCUUUGUGCUUGAGAUGUAUAUGACUGAAGUGCCCAUACUGUGGAUGUAUAUGACUAAAAUAUACAUAAGUCAAUACAGAGUGGUAGUUCGAUUCUGUCAA